AUGAAAAUCAAUAAUGAAAGUAAUGUCGAUGUCAUUCGUCCGCUCGGUCUUCUUGAAAGAUAUUUUCAAAUGACUCAUGAUGUAGAACAUUAUUGCAAUGUUGGUCUUUUGAUUCGUUACAAAAUUCCCUUAAAAUUUUCUCUCGCUUCUACACCAUCUACUCCAAUUCCUACCGAAAUAAAAGUUGCGAUUUUACGAAUUCUUUACCCAACACUUGAACGUAUGAUAUCAAAACAACAAGCAUUAGCGGUCGCAUUCGCAGAAUUAUAUAGUUCCAAACCCUUAUUUAUUCGUCUCCGUGAAAUGGAUUUAAGCAGGAUCGUAAAAUUUGUUGUCGUGAAUGAUGAUAAAGAUAUUGAACGAUUAUUGGAAGAUGAACAUAAUAAGAAAUUUAAUGUUGAGGAUCAAACUUUACCGUUAUGGAGAAUUGUUGUCGGAAUCAGAAGCGCUUGCGAUGAACAAGAAAUCUCCAAUAAUUGGAAUUUGCUUAUUGGAAUAUUUUGGCAUCAUUCUAUUGGAGAUGGAAGAAGUGCCCUAGUAAUUUAUACAUCAUUUCAAGAAUCUCUCUUGGAAACACAAAGUAUUAAAUCCGAUUCUACUAAAGAACUUACAACUAAAAUCAAACUUCCACAACAUUCUACAAUUCCACUUGGGAAACCGAUUGAAGAAUGCCUUGAGUUUGAUUUGUCAUUAGCACAAACGGUCAAAGAAUUGUUUAAAUUUUACCUUUUGCCAACAUAUUUAGUUAAAAAACAGUUAAAAGGUUGUUGGUUAGGAGACAGUCCUUCAUUUUCUUUUACGAAAAAUCAUACCAAAACACUUUUAUACUCCAUUACAGCCGACGAAUUAAAUGUUUUACUCAGGUUAAGCAAACAACAUAAAACCACCAUUACAUCUAUCUUUAACAUUGCAUUAAUCUUCUCCGCUUAUCAUCAUUUGAUACUUGGUAGCAAUCAAGAUGAUAAUAGUGUAUCGGAAUAUGCGCGGGAACUAGCCCCAUUCGAUGCUAUUAAUUUGGCCACUUGUAUUAACCUGAGGCCGUAUACAACACCGAUGACACCUUGGACUCAAAUGGGUGUUUAUAUAUCUGGAAAUGAAUCAAUUUAUAAAUAUCCUACAGUUAAAAAUAAUUAUCCACAACUGGACUUUUGGAAGAUGAGUAAAGAAUUUAGAAGUGAUUUGAUCAACAAUGGUAUUCCACAUUCCAUCAAUUUUCUGGGAAAUUUGAAAUUGCUUCCAAACGAAAGUCAAAAAUAUAAAAAUGUUUUAAUAAAUAAAGCCAAUGAUGGCAUUAUGGGAAGAGAUUGUAGUAUGAUGGUUAGUAAUAUCGGGAAAUUUUCAGAAUUGACUUCAGAAAUUCCUAUCGAUAAUGAGUGGAAGGUUAAUGAUUUGAUAUUUUGUCAAUCAUCCGUUACCAUGUAUUCAGCUUUUACUAUUAACGUCAUAAGUUUUGAAGAUAAAUUAACCUUUACUAUUUGUUAUCAGGACGGUGUUGUAAAUCACAACAAAGUUGAGAAAUUUGGUGAAGGAACUGUUAAAUGUUUGAAAAAACUUGUUCAAAACGAAAAUGUAUCGUUACAAGAUUUAGCUUAA